GUCUCAAGCCGCUCCUUUUGGUUGUUCUUGCAAUUACAUACCUUAGUAUUGCGACGAAACCACACUGGCGCCCAGAACGAAUGCGCCUUGUGUUUGAACUGGCUCCUGAAACAGCAUGAUUCCGAGUCCUUCGUCGAGAACACCGGUCCAUGUAUGAAGUUACGAACCUCGAAUACGAGCCAUGUCCAAGGCAUGCUAAGAUCUCGAAGAUCUCUUGUCCUGAUCUGCUUGCUUGCGACCAUCGCUUUCACCACUUUUCUCCUACGACGUCCCCAGGUCCUUGAAGAGUCCACCUCGCUCCUCCAUGGCCACCACGCGCACGAAGAGAACGAACCACUUCUGGCCGCAACAUCUCUGUUGCACCCCAUCCACCAGCUAGUAGCGCAAGCAGGAGGCGAUUUCCAGACCGUCCGGGCGCGUCAGUCUCGAUCGCUCAGCGAUGCUGUAGCGGAAUACCGCAGGCGGUACAAGCUACCUCCUCCGCCGCACUUUGACAAAUGGUACAAUUUCGCCAAAAAGAGAGGGGUUGAACUCAUAGACGAGUAUGACACCAUAUACCACCAGCUCCUCCCCUUCUGGGCGCUGGAACCGGCAGUCAUCCGCGAGAGAACGAGAGAAGCCGUCGGCUUCGACAACGCUUUGAUCGCGGUCAUGAUUCGCAACGGAGAGGUCACCAAGAUUGAAGGAGGAGGCGAUAUGUACGCAUGGCACCGAGAAGCCACACCCAUCAUGCUGAAAGAGUUCAUCAAAUACCUGCCGGACAUGGACCUGCCAUUCAACAUCCACGACGAGCCACGCGUAGUCAUGCAACACGAUGAUCUGCUGCACCACGUCCAAGUGGCUAAGGACCAAAACAUGCCCAAAGCCUACACGGCGCAGACGCUCACGAACUCAUGGUCCCCACGUGCCGGCGAUCUAGGCGAGGGCAUCCGGAUUAAGGAAUACAAAACGACGCGCUUCAACCGCUUCGCACACCAACCGACAUGGAGCGACUCACGCCUGUCUUGCCCACUCGACAGUCCUGCACGAAAAUGUCUCAACGACGCCUGUCCCGACAACACGACGUCGUACUCCGGUCUGCCACUGGGCUUUAUCCGCAACACAACCUCUUUCAGCGACAUCUGCAACAGCCCCAGUAUGGAGCGCACAUUCGGCUUUUUCGACCGGCCCAACGCCUUCGACGUCACGCACGAGCUGUUCCCCAUCUUUUCGCAGUCCAAAAUCUCCAGCUUCCAGGACAUCCUGUAUCCCAGCCCUUGGUACUACAUGGGCCGCGUCCGGUAUGAGAAAGAGCGCGACAUGCCUUGGGAAAGCAAACGCCCGACCAUGUACUGGCGCGGCAGCACGACGGGCGGAUUUUCCCGCGAUGGCGGCUGGCGGAGACAACAUCGUCAGCGGUUCCUGACCAAGAUCCAGCCACUCAACAAAGCCAAAAUUCUGGAGUUGGAUAACUCAAGCCUCACAGAGACAGUAUGGCGCGAGAAAGAAAUCUCCGCGGCCGACGUGGCGCACUACUUCGACGUCAAGUUCACGUAUAUCGGGCAGUGCGAUCCUGGCGACUGCGACGCACAGCGCGAGUACUUUGGCACGGUCGAGCCGGUCAACAUGUUCGACGCUCUGGGCAGUCGGUACCUCUUGGACAUUGACGGCAACGCGUUCUCGGGACGGUACUAUGCAUGGCUGCUGAGUAAGAGUCUCGUGUACAAGCUCGCCGUGUUCCGCGAGUGGCAUGAUGAAUGGCUCAGGCCGUGGGUGCAUUACGUACCGCUGGGCUUACAGGGGGAUGAGUAUGCCGAGAGCGUGCGGUAUUUCGACCAAGAAAGCAGUGGGCGCGUCGAAGGCAAGAGGAUCGCAGAGCAAGGCCGUGUGUGGGCCGAGAAGGUGCUCAGGAAUGAGGAUCUCGAGGUCUGGUAUUUUCGCUUGUUGCUUGAAUAUGGCCGUUUGGUCGAUGACAAUAGGUAUAAUAUUGGGUUCAGUCUAUAGAAGGGGCCCCUCUGGUACUGGUAAUCUGAGGGUUCGCCUGCUUCGCCUGUCGAUAGGUAUCUGUAUCUGUACACAAUACAUUGUUCUCUUUCG